AGUAUUAUAAUUUUAAAAUAUCUUAGGAAAUGCUUGAAUUUUCUGCCUAAAAUAAUGUUUAUCCAAUUGUGGAGACAUUUGAAUUUGAAGAUUUCCCAAAAGCUUUUGAUAGAAUGGAAAAAGCAUAAGCCAAAUUCAGAUGUGUUGUUAAUGUUGGAAAAUGGGCUUAAGCUAAUGGUUUAUGGAAAUGAG